AAAUAUCCAAUUUUCAGAGCAGCUGUUCCGCUCUGCUGUUGGUAUCAUUUUAGGUUAGUUCCGUCGUACUCGUUCCCGAAAACCGAAGAUUUUCAAUCAAUUUUCUUAUCGACCUUUUAUUUUGAAUAUUAAAUAGUAAAUACUUCUUCAAAAUCAAAUUACUUCUGUUGUAAUAACCGCAUUUCAUAAAUAUUAUACUAGUUAAAAUGUUGCUAACCACUCCACUUCGUAUGUUUGGAAGACAUUUGCGACCUUUGUCAAAGAAAACAUUAAGAAUGUACUCUGCCGUCGCGCAGCCAUUGACCGUACCAGAGCCAGAUGGAAGCCAACUAACGAGCUCUCCUAAGUUAGAAAAACUGUAUACAGAAAUCACUUCCUUGACGAUGAUUGAAGUGUCAGAGUUCACUGAAUUAUUAAAAGUCCGUCUUAACCUAAAAGACAUUCCCAUGGGAGCAAUGGUCAGCGCCCCAGCUGCAGCAGGACAAGAUGAAGAAGAAGAAGUAGCUACAACAGUCAAGACAAGUUUCACCGUUAAACUUAUGAAAUUUGAUGAUAAACAAAAGGUUGCCUUGAUAAAAGAAGUAAAAAACUUAAUGGAAGGCAUGAAUUUAGUACAGGCUAAAAAGUUUGUUGAAAGUGCCCCUACAGUUAUCAAAUCAGACAUUGGUAAAGAUGAAGCAGAGAAAUUAAAAGAAGCAUUUACUAAAGUAGGAGCUGAAUGUGUAAUUGACUGAGUUUUACUCAUUUGUUAUAUUGUAUUGUAUAAUUUUUUUUAAUUUCACAAAGUUUUAAUGGUUAAUGUAAGUAGUCAAUAUUCAUAAUGUAUCAAUAAAGUUUUAUGUAUGGUAUCAUUA